AUGUCUUCCGUGGACAAGUCGACGCCUGUAUAUAAGGCCACCUCGAAGGGGUCAGUAUACGCCGAUGUGGACCAUGACCCGGUCACCACGGUGCUGCCCAAUGGCGACGUGCCUUAUACGGACCAUGCCAUGGACGCGGAUGAGCGGGUCAUUGUAGCCCUGGGGUACAAGCAGGAGUUCAAACGAGAGUUCUCGCUAUGGACUACAUUCUGCGUCAGCUUUGCUGUGCUUGGGCUGCUCCCAUCGUUUGCCAGCACAAUAUACUACGGGAUGGGCUAUGCGGGCACAGCAGGCAUGGUUUGGGGUUGGAUCAUAGCUAUGCUUUUCAUCCAGUGUGUAGCCAUGUCAAUGGCUGAACUGUGUUCGGCGAUGCCAACAAGUGGCGGUCUCUACUAUGCAGCUGCAGUACUCGCACCUCCAGGAUACGGACCAUUCGCGGCAUGGAUCACUGGGUGGUCCAACUGGAUUGGACAGAUUACAGCAGCACCGUCGGUGGACUUUUCACUGGCUGCGAUGAUCCUGGCUGCAGCGUCGGUACAAAACCCAGACUACGUUCCUACUUCUUGGCAAACAUUUCUCCUUACCACACUUAUCAUGAUCCUCCACGCGGUAAUCAGCAGCAUGCCAACGAGAUGGGUUGCCCAGUUUAACUCGUGGGGCUCAACUUUCAACAUGUUUGCGCUCAUCGCUGUCCUCAUCGCCAUUCCGGCAGGGACGAAGAAUGAACCCAAGUUCACCCCGUCCAAGGAAGUAUGGGGGACAAUCACCAACUUGACUGACUUUCCAGAUGGGGUCGCGGUGCUCAUGACCUUUGUCGGGGUGAUCUGGACCAUGUCUGGGUAUGAUUCUCCGUUCCACCUAAGUGAGGAGUGUUCCAACGCAAACAUCGCCUCUCCGCGGGCCAUCGUGAUGACUUCGGGCGUCGGGGGCUUGAUGGGCUGGUUCUUGCAGCUUGUAGUCGCUUACACCGUCACUGAUAUCGAGGCGGUGAUAGACUCUGAUCUUGGGCAGCCUUGGGCGUCAUACUUGUUACAGGUGAUGCCACAAAAAACCGCCCUGGGAAUACUCGCUUUAACGAUCAUCUGUGGGUUCUCGAUGGGCCAAGGAUGUAUGGUUGCCGCAUCGCGAGUCACGUACGCCUAUGCCCGCGACGACUGCUUUCCUCUGUCAGGGAUCUGGAAGAAAGUUGACACGAUUGGCGCUCUCUUCUCGAUCGGUGCCAUUGCGCAGUUCGUUGCCUUUGCGAUCCCCAUUUGCAUUCGGGUGUUCUUCGUUGGUAACCGUUUCCGGCGGGGACCAUGGCACUUGGGGCCAUUUGGCCCAUACAUUGGAGGCGCGGGCGUGCUCUUUGUGCUGCUGAUGGUGCCCAUUCUGUGCCUUCCCAGUGUAACAGGGGGUGACCUGACACCGGAUCUGAUGAAUUGGACGUGUCUUGUCUGGGGCGCUCCGAUGCUGGCGGUGAGCAUCUGGUGGGUGGUCGACGCCCACAGGUGGUUCAAGGGACCAAAGGUCAAUGUGGAGCAUGCCAUCCACCCCGUGCAGGAGGAAAGGCCCGUUGUUGUUGAUGUGGGGUUCAAUGGCGGCGAAGAGGAAGAUACGUCCGGCAGGUCGGACCGAAGUCAGGGCUGA